AGCGCGCCGCUCGCUAUUACACUCGCAGCGUCCGAACGAUUCGCUCGGUCUCGUGCUAUAUCAGUCCUCGUACCUAGCCUAGUAAACAAAGCUCUCCGGCGCGCAUAAUGGCAGAGAAGGCGACAGCAGCGGCAGAAUCGGCGCCGGUACCGUCGACCAGCGGCAGCAGCAGCCCCAAGAAGGCGGCGGCAGCGGCGGCCAAGGCGAAGAAGCCCAGGAGCAAGCCGAGCCACCCGCGCACCUCGGAGAUGGUCACCGCGGCUAUCGCGGCCCUCAAGGAGCGCGGCGGCAGCUCGCUCCAGGCCAUCAAGAAGUACAUCGCCGCCACGUACAAGCUCGACGCCGAGAAGCUCUCGCCCUUCAUCAAGAAGUACCUCAAGUCCGCCGUGGCCUCGAAGGAGCUGCUGCAGGUGAAGGGCAAGGGCGCCUCCGGUAGCUUCAAGCUCUCCGCCGCCAAGGCCGAGGGUAAGCCCAGCGCCGGAGCCGCGGCCAAGAGGGCCAAAACCGCGGCCCCUGCCGCCAAGAAGAAGCCCGCAGCCGCGAAGAAAAGCUCAGCCGCUGCCAAGAAAAGCGCCGCCGCUGCUGCCAAGAAGAAGCCGGCCGCGGCCAAGAAAGCGGCGGCCAAGAAACCGCUAGUGGAGAAGAAGAAGAGCCUCAAGGCGGUGGCGGCGAAGAAGCCCAAGGCGGUGGCGGCGAAGAAAGCAGCCGCCGCGCCGAAGAAAGCCGCGGCUAAGGUGACGAAGAAAGCCAAGGCGCAGCCGGCGAAGAAACCAGCUGCCGCCAAGCCGAAAAAACCGGCGGCCAAGAAGGCCGCGCCGAAGAAGAAGUAGGAUCGCUCGUCGCUCCGUAGCCCUGCAACGACGAGACCUCGAGAGAAUGAGUGUGUGUGUGUGUGUGUGAUUCAAGCACGUGCGUGAAAAGGCCCUUCUCAGGGCCAUGACUAUUAUAUAUCAUAUUGUAUACCUUUAUUAUAUUGCGUUAAUUUUAAGUAUAGACUGUGUAAUUUAUUUGUCGUGCGAGAACAUACGCGAGAGCAUAUUGUACAUACUACGCAUGUAUAAAAGAAAAAAAAAGAUAACUGAGAUAUGAGAGAAAGGCGUAUUUCACAUAAUAAAUUUCAUUUUUUUACAACAAUCUCCAAA